AAGUGUAUGCAAACAAUAAUACAUCAAUAAUGAAAAUGAAUGGUAUUUGCUUUUCAGAUAUUGGGCUGUUACUAAUGUUGAUUAUAUACACACGAGAAACGGUCGAAGAAUAGUGGGCAUGAUUAUUGUGGUGUGGUUUGUAGCACUAGUCGUUUCAUUAGCCCCACAGUUUGGCUGGAAAGACCCGGAUUACCUAGACCGUAUUAAUAUCCAACAGCGAUGUAUGGUCAGUCAAGACAUUGGCUAUCAGAUAUUUGCCACAUGUUCAACGUUUUACUUGCCUCUACUGGUCAUCCUGUUUCUUUAUUGGAAGAUAUUUAAGAUAGCCAGGAGAAGGAUUCGCAGAAGAAGAGCUCAAAGAAACGCAAUGCUAGAACAUUCGAGGUUGAAAAAGCCGGCGGACGACGCGGCCGCCUCGGCCGAGCCCAAAAAAUGCGGUUUCUUCCGGAAGGCCGUUUUCCUGCGGAUCAAAAAGAAGAAGGAAGUGGAAGAGACAGCCGUGUGCUCGAGCAUCGGUCUGAUCGAUGGCCAUUCAAGCUGUUCGAUGCCCGAGUCGUCGCAGGACGGCGGCGGGGGUGGCGGUGGCGGGCAGUCAAAGGCGGGCAACGGCAGUGGAAGCGGAGGAGGGAGCGUGGGCGGAAGUGGUGGCGAAGACAAGACCACCGCGUUCACGAUCACUACGAACCACGAUCACGGGGCCACGUCAGCAGCACACCAUCACCACCACCACCACCAUCAACACCACCAACACCAGCACCAAAAUCAGCUCCAGCCCCCGGUGAUCGAGGACGACGGACCCACCAUCACGGACCCGUCGGCCGGCCGGCACACGGUCAUCGAGAUGAACGUGAAUAGGGUGUGCGUUCCAGCGCCCGCUCGGGUGAAGACGAAGCGCGAGAAGAAGGAGUCGCUGGAGGCGAAACGCGAACGGAAAGCGGCCAAGACAUUGGCCAUCAUCACUGGGGCGUUCGUCGUGUGUUGGCUGCCAUUCUUCAUCAUGGCCCUGGUCAUGCCCCUGUGCCAGGGGUGCGUGAUCAACGAGUACGUGUCCAGCUUCUUCCUGUGGCUGGGUUACUUCAACUCCACCCUGAACCCGAUCAUCUACACCGUUUUCAGUCCCGAGUUCCGGUUGGCUUUCACCAAAAUGAUUUGCGGCACGACGUAUAGGAGAUAAUAAAAUGCGCACAACAUUAUUAUACAUAAUAUCCAUAAUUAUUAUUAUUAUUAUUACAUACACAAUACGUCAAUACGUAUAUUAUAAUAUAUUUAAUAUCCGACGCCUUAUUAUUAUAUUAUUGUAAUUUAAUGAGUAUUUCGCGUUUUUUGUGUGUUGUGAAUUUGUAUAGGUAUAAGUCUGGUGUAUGUGUUCGUGUGUGUGUGCGUGGGUGUAUGAGAGUUUAAACGAUUGGCGGUGCAGGCGGUUAACGGUCAUCGGUCUUCGCGAGGCCCACCAUGUCCACAGAUGGUGUUCGAGAUUUACGAGAUUCAUUGUGACCGGGUCCAAAGCAUAAUGCUUUUGUAGGGUGUCGUAAAAUUCGUAGACCAAUAUUUCAGUCGAUAAUACACACACAUUACACACACACGGUCGCUUACCAUAGGUUAGGCUUCGCUCGAGUAUUAUGCCCCUGUUUUAAUCCUUUCAAGACCAUUAUUAUCAUUAUUAUUAUUAUUAUUUUACGGGAAGAAACGACAAGAUAUUAUUAUUUACACCAUUGUUCCGCCAUGUUUUAAUAUAGCCAUUGUCACGGCACAUAACACAUAUACAUUCGAUAAUGUCGGUAAAAAACUUCGUCCCGUUUAAAGACCGCAAGGAAAUUUUGUAUCAAAAAUUUAGGCUUUGUUUAUUUUAUUUUCGCUAAACCCCGUUUAAAACAAUUUCCGUAUAAAUAUCAUACAUUUUUAAUCUGAAUUCUCUUUCAAUGGGCUUCAAAAAGUGAAAUUCUGAAGUCAGGUUGCUUUAACAAUCACUUAACAUUUAAUGAAUGAGUAGCAAGCAUGCCCGCAGGAUAAAAUCCCAACCGGUGCAAGAUAUAAAAAUUACUUACAAUGUCAUAAAUCAUAAUCGUUAAAGUGAUAAUGAUAUUAAAGUACCUCAUGCAGUUGAAAAUUUCCAGCAGGGAUGGCUCCUUUGACCCCAUCUGCGCCCGCCCUUGAUGAGUAGUGAGCUAAUACUCCCUUAAACACAAUUCAAUGGCCGGUGAUUGAACAGAUCAAUUUUAGUGAAUCAUUAAAUUAAAUCAAAUUAAACAAUUAUGCAACCUGGCAUUAGUAUUAUAUAUCAAUAUAGGUAAACCGUUAUUCUAAUUCACAGGUGACGAAACGGGAUAAUUUUUUUUUAUUAUUAUUUUGAUAUACUUUUGCUACUGCUACUGCUGCUGCUGCUGCUGCUGCUACUGCUGGAAAUUUGAGUCGGACGGUUCGACUACUAUUUCGUUAUUAAAUUGUUUAAAUUAUAGUUACAUAGGCUUUAAAUACUCGCCAAGUGCGUUUUACUGUUAAACUAUAUAUAAUUAUUAUAUAUCCAUAUUUAAUGGGAAAUCAUAUAUGAAUGGAUUGUGUAAAUAUAAUUAAUUAAAUUUGCUACUAAAGCUUGUCAUUUUCUCAUUAAAAAAAAAAAAAAAAUGUGCAAUGGAAUGUUUAAGAAAAAUUUACAAAUGUGUGGUUAGUCAAAACGGAUAUAGUAAGAAAUAAUGUUCAACAGUAAGAUAAGUUGUUAUUUGCUCAGCAUAUAGUUUAAAAUUUCUUAUUUACUGUAUAAAUUAUAGUUUUAUUUAUGAGUUACUUUCGGUCAUACCGAUUUAAUAUUACUUUAAAAUUUUUUUCUGAUUGUAAUAUAUAAUUAAAUUAUAUUGUAUUAAGUGUAAAGAAAUAAAUCAUCAACUUAAGCCGUUUUGACCACCUACGCUGUAACAUAGACUCAAUAUUGUAAAGAUUCUUGACGUUUAAUUACCUAUACUAAUAAUUUUUAAAAUAUUCUGUUGAUUAUAUCGAAUACCCUCUAGUGGUAAAUUGUUAAACUGCUCUAAACUGUUUUGGUUUCUAGUCGGAAGUUAUCAUUUUUAAAUUGCUACUUCAGUUUGGAGCAAUUAAAUUGUGUUAUAAGUUCAUAUAAUACAUAUUAUCAUUGUUAUUAUUAAGUUUAAUAUUCGAAUAAAUAGUAGGUGCAUACACCUACUGAUACUGAAAACCCUAUUUAUCGUCCUAAUAUAAUAUAAUACCACGUUAUUAUUAUUAUUUUAAUUAUUGAUCCUGUUGUAUUUCAAUUUAUUACUAUUAAAAUUACGAUUUUAAUU